AUGAAGGCUGUCGGCUCUUCCGCCCGAUGCGAGGUCGUCGAGGAUGACUCUCGUCUGGGAGAUGUCUCGCUCCACCCAUUCCUGGUUUCUACCGCCAGAGGCUUUCUUCCACUUAGAGACCCUCUUGUUACCUUGCCCAAGGAAUUCGAUACUUUAGAAUCGCUCCUACAGCGUAUGCCCAUAAAGACCACCUCAGGUGAACCAGGUCUUCUCGCUGAGGGGAAGCUCGGGGAUGUUGUCGAUAAGGAAUUUCCGGACCUCACUGCACAUAUCGAUGUAUACAAAGAGAACCUCCAUGUAAUAACCGCACUGUAUCGAGAUUAUUCUUUUCUCGCAGAGGGAUACCUCCUAGAGCCAUGUCAUAGACAGUUUAUGGAGAGUAGCGACUAUGGGACUGGGCGACCAAUUUUGCCCAAGCAGAUCUCACGUCCAUUUGUCAGAUGUGCAGAGAUCGCUGGUUUUAAACCGUACCUCGAAUUCAGCUCGUAUGUCUUGCUCAAUUACCGAUUGGAGAAUCCUGCCGCGGGCCUUGAAUUUUCCAACUUGCGUCUUAUCCGAGCGUUCGAGCAUGGCCUUGAUCCCGCUUCAUCCGAAUCUGGAUUUAUCCUGGUACAUCUCACCAUGGUCAAGAACUCCGGCCCACUUGUUCAAGGUGUUUUGAAGGCCUUCGAGGCUGCAUCACAGGCAACAACUCCUUGUGGCACCAGUGAACAGCGCAGGUCACUUAACGAUGGGUUGUCAACGCUUGUGGACGCACUGGCAAACUUGAACUCCCUUAUGAAGAUUAUAUAUCAGAAGUCGAAGCCGACCGAGUAUAAUAACUUUCGGACUUUCAUGUUUGGCAUUACCUCUAAUUCCAUGUUUCCCGACGGUGUCAUCUAUGAUGGAUGUAAUGACAACAAGCCCAUGUUUUUCCGGGGUGAGACUGGAGCCAAUGACGCCAUGGUACCUCUCAUGGACAAUUUCCUCCAAAUCCCUAUGCCAGACACACCACUUACGGUAAUCCUUGAUGAAUUCUCCGAGUACCGUUCCGACAAACACAAAGAUUUUCUCACCUUUAUCAAAGACCGCGGCUUAGAGCUAGAAAUUAAGAAGUUCGCUCUUGGCCAACUUGGCGCCGCAAGCUCCGAAGAGGCCAGUGAUGCCCUGCGAGAGUCCCGUGGUCUAUGGCUCCAAAUUCUCGAUCAGGUGCGGGAAUUCCGCUGGCGCCACUGGGGUUUGGUAAAGGAGUACAUCCUUAAACGCUCAGAUCAUCCUACAGCGACAGGUGGUAGCCCAAUCGUAACAUGGCUGCCGAAUCAACUGGAGGCUGUGCUUGAUGAUAUGAUUCAGGUACACGCUGCGGCGUUAAAAGACGACCCGAGAGGCUUGGGGAAAACUUGCAAUAACAUCAUGGAAGUCGUCCUGAGGCAAAAAGAAAUGCUGAAAAAGGAGGUCGAAAAGUACUGUGCCGAACGAGGCUGA